GCCCCUGGUCUCCUGCCCCACUUCGGCAACGGUGACACGAAACGUUGCCCUGUAGUACUAGAGUGUAGAUCAAUGAUACUGAGCCCUUCAGGUCUAUACAUAAAAAAGUAUGCAAAUUUAUGAUUGAUCUUUUUUCUUUAAUUAUGGCAUAUUCAAGUGAAAGUAAUCAGCACUUUGAAUAGCAGGUCACGUUAUUCAUUACAGUUAAUAUUACAGUUAUUUAUUUUUCAAAUGUUGCCAUGGUAUUGGCGGUAUUCACUUUUUAAAUGUAUACUUUAUUGAUAUUACAUCCAAUCAAAUAGUAAUUAUAUAACAAAUGAUCCUAUAGGUAUAAGUAAAAUAACAAAUUAUUGCAUAUAAUUUGUUACGAAUGACUUCAUAUACGAACUAAAAGCAAUGGAAGUGCGUACUGUGAUCACCAAACUUGUUUUUGCGACAGUUUUAUUUCUGUUUCACGAUGGCAACAAUUGAUUUAUCGGUACAGCAAAACGUUUCUGUAGGGCUAUUUAUUUAUGUGAUCAUUACAUACUUGCCUGUUAUGCUGAUCACGAUACUUGGAAACUUCAUCGUUAUACUCAGUGUAUAUCGGAAACGUGAAAAAACUCCAAACAGUAUCUUCAUCUCAUCCUUGGCAAUCUUCGAUUUCUUAACUGGUUUGAUUGGAGUUCCCCUCUGCAUGGUUGCAUUCCUUCUUCGUAGACAGUUCCAUUAUAUGGAGAACUGUGCGAUAUGGUAUUAUGUGCCCAUCACAAUAUUUAUUUCUAUCUCCGUGCUAAAUCUGAUCGUGAUAACUAUUGAUCGAUUCCUUGCGAUUAAAUAUCCUCUUCGAUACCAUGUAUGGAUAUCAACUGAAAGAGCAUUUCGAGUUUGCAUCUGUGUUGAUUUGUUUGGUUUUUUUUUCGCAGGAAGUUCAUUCGCAAUAGGUGCUGUCGCAAGUCUUUUCGUGCCACCACCUAAUGUGACGUAUGAAUACGAUUGCGGGAGCUCUGCCAUAUAUGAAAUGUACGGAGCACCUGUGUCCUAUUACGUCAUGGGACCAGUUGUCGGCCUUUCAAUUCUUUUCCUGUUUAUUCUGUACGCGUAUAUUUUCUCAAUCGCGUCAAAAAAGGCGAAGGAGAAUGCCACACGCCACGGAAAGAAGGUUAAAAAAAGAGAAAUGAAAGUGACGAAAACCGCAGCUAUAGUACUUCUUGCUUAUACGCUGUGCACUGCACCAAGUGCUCUUAAAAUCAUUAUUAAAAGACUCAUUGAUAAUGGUUCCACCUGGCUGGUGUGGUAUUUGUGGUUUGCAGAUUUUCUCAUCAUUGCUAACUCUAUGAUGAAUCCGUUAAUUUAUGCAGGAAGAAGUAAAGUAAUGAGAAAAGAAUUCAAAGAAACUUUUGACUUCAUUAUCUGCAAGGUAUCAUCGAGAUCUGAAGUAAAAGCGAAAUAUGACGCAGAGGCAUCCUGUAGUCGAAAGUCACCGAAAAUUCAUUCAGUGACAACGUCAUCAGCUAACUUGGCAACUUGUUUGACCAGUACGUCGUCGGCAAGCACUGGUGAAAGUUUUAGUGCAGAUUUUAGAGAAAAUUAGAUAACGUCACGCACUUAUAGAAGAAUAAAGUGUUUUUUGCCAAGUAAAUUGGCCGAAACUCAGCAUAAUUAAUAACUUAAUUCAUUAGUACGUCAUCGGCAAGCCAUUGUAGUAUGCUGUAUUGAAAGAAUACGAGUGGAUGCUACUUCGAACGAAUGCUAGUUCAAGCGGAUAAUGUGCCAGUUCGAGCGGAUGCGAAUUUAUCCUUUUUUUUUAAAUUGUUUUAAUGCCAAAAUGCAAUGUGUAACCAUGGACCUAUUAAUAAGGUCCAUGGUGUAACUAAGUUUUUGAAUUAUAAAUUGUUAAACAAAAUCUCUCCAACAAAUAGGCAAUUGUAUAAAUGGAAGUUAAAACACACUGACACAUGUGAUACGUGUGGAGCAGUCGAAGAUGAAAAGCACAUGUUUUUUGAAUGUCUAAAAAAUAGGAUAUUAUGGGAAAAUAUAGACAAUCUAUUUAAGAA